AUGGAAGAUUUCGAAUUGCCAACUCCAUUCAAUGAUAUUGUAUUACCGAAUGCAUGGGGGAUUGAAAAUAAAUCGCCAUUUAUUAACAUAGAUUCAAGUGGACUUAAAGUGAGUUAUACAGGUCCUAAUGAUAAUAAAGCUAUUAUAAUUCGAGCAAAUCAUCCAAUUCCUUUGGAGUGUGUGAUAUUUUACUUUGAAAUUAAAAUUAUUAAUAAAGGAAACAAUGGAAUGAUUGGAGUUGGAUAUUGUACAAAGCAAAACCAUAAAGAAAUAAGCGAUGCAAAUAUAAAAACAAAUUAUAUAUAUGACAUGCUCAUGCCAGGACAAAAAUAUAAGGAGAGUGAGGAAAAUAGAUCGUGGGGGUGUGGUUACCAUGGUGACGAUGGAUAUUCGUUUUGUUCUGGAAGUGGCGAGCCGUAUGGACCAAAAUAUACUACUGGUGACAUUAUUGGAUGCUAUUUAAACGUCUUAAAGAAAAUAGUAUUUUAUACUAAAAACGGAGUCAUCCUAGGAAUUGCGUGUCAUCUUCCUGAUGAUUUCAAAGGAAUUAUAUAUCCGUGUGUUGGAUUUAGAUCGCAAGGCGUGUCUGUGAAAGUAAAUUUCGGUCAUGAAACGUUCAAAUAUUCUGCGAUGACCAACGAAUACAUUAAUAAAAAAUCAAAUAAUAUAUUAAUAUUGAAAUAUCAAGAGAAUAUUCAUUUUAUUAUGGGCGGAAAUGAAAAUAUGCUUGUUAAUUCAACAUGUGAAUUAACAAGAUCAUUAGAAAAAAAGCAAGAUAGCCGAGGUCAAAUAUUAUUACUUAUGGGCGAAUAUGAUAAAGCACUUGAAGCUUUAACUAAACUGACAGAAAUUGAACCAGAUAACAUAAUAACACUAAGAUAUCGAAGAGAAAUUUAUUACAUAAUGAAGAAAUAUAAUGAAUCAAUUACUGACUUGAUGAAAUUAUUAAAAAUUAAGCCUGGUGACGAAUGGGCAACAGAAGCUCAUAAAUUAGUUAAUAAAUUUCUGUAA